GCAGCAGUGUAUGAAACCCACUCAGUGAAGGCAUUUUACAAGAUUCAGACUCAAAUCCAGUUCCAGCAAUCCCUCCUCCUGGGCAAGCACUGGGCCACAGUGGAGAGGAACCAUUCUGUCCCAACAGGAAUAAAAUGUCAGCUGACCCAAAACCAGAAUCAGCUUUAUCAGCCAGGAUUGUCCUGGAUGGAGGGGAGAUCAACUCUGAUCCUCUCUGCAGACCAGAUUGGACCGGUCCUGUUCUGUGGACGAUCCGAACCACCCACAGAUGAACGAACACAGGAUGGCCUGAAUACUGGCAGUGGAGAAGAUGAGCACAAGCUCCUGGGGAAGGUUGGACUUCUUGAGUUGCAGCAAGACGUCCAGGUUCUGGUGGACCUUCUUCUGUGUCUGGGUGUGAAGACCAGCUCAGGUCCAGAGAAAGACACGUUUGAUCCAAACAUACCUGAAGAGGGACCAUCGGCGCCCCCUCCUGGCUGGCUGGAGGACAUACAUGGAUACCAGGGCCAUAAAGGAGGAGCUCCAGAGGAUGACGAGCCGCUGUACCCCCCGCCUCCCGCCUAUAACCCCCAACCCGAACUCAACAGGAGCACUUCAGUCCCCACCAUCAGAGUCCCGUCAGUGUCGGAGGACGUGGCCCGAGAGGCUCUGCUAAAGUUUGUGGCGUCCAAAUGGAAGUACAGCUCCAAACCGGCCAGGAACCUCACGUUCAAAGAUCUCAAACCUGUCACGGUUUACAGGUAUCGACUGGAGACCUACACCGAGACCAGAACCAGCGCCUGGCAGUUUGAGCCCUACAACGGUCAGACGGUGGAUGGUCCUCAGUACGGCAUGAGUCCUCCACCGUGGGACAUCCCGGUGUCGUUGCCUCAGAUGUACUCUGACAAGGUGGAGAAGAUCCGGGUGCCGCACUCGUCGUUCGUGAAGGUGUGCCACAAGUGCCAUGGCUGCGGAAGGACCCGCUGCGCCGGCUGCUUCGGCCGAGGCAUGAAGCGUUGCACUUUCUGCCACGGUCACGGUCGGACAAGAAAGAAACGCUGCACAUCCUGUCAUGGUCGAGGUCGCAAGAGGUGUUUGAGCUGCCGUGGAGACGGCUACAAGACCUGCUCCGUUUGUCACGGUGCCCAGAACCUGCUGCACUUCAUCCAGCUCACAGUCACAUGGAAGAACAACGUCAGUAACUUCAUCCCGGACCGGCAGCCGGACUUUCCAGACAAGAAAUUUGAGAAAGUGUCAGGAGAUCCGUUCUUCAUCGACGAGAAUGUGCUGGUUUAUCCCAUCCAAGGUUUCCCUGAUCAGGAGAUCUGCGACAUCUCAACGAAGCUGAUCAACGAGCACCUUUACCGCUUCACAUCCACAAGCCGCAUCCUCCAGCAGCGUCAGACCAUCGAGCUGGUGCCCCUCACUCACGCUUUCUACUCGUACAGCGGGAAGGACUACAGCUUCUUCGUGUACGGGACGGAGAACAAAGUGUUUACCUCCAAAUAUCCCACCGCCUGCACCAUUUUAUAAGCUAACCGUGGCAUCAACGUACAGUAUAUACCCAUAUCACCACACACCCACCACUGUAUAUGCAGCUAUUUUGUGUUUAAGGCGUUUGCUCUUAAAAGUUACAGACAUGCAAGUCUUUGGCUUCAUCAAGCGACCUGUCUUCACUGAACCAAUGAAACGCUCCAGAUUAAACGCUGCGAUCAUGUUGUACCUACAGGGUAAUAACUGAGGAAGAAGAACCUGGAAACUGAUCUCCGGUUCUGUUCGUCAGUUCUUUAAAACGUGAAAAUUUGCUCACGACACCCAGCAUAAAACUUUGUGCUGAUAGGAUGAAAAAUGUUUCCUCAAAUUUUAAAAGAAAAUCUAAUUCUGGGUUUGUUUAGUGGCAACAGUGAAAUUACAAUCCUGUUUCCAACGACGUUAGGAUGUUGUGUAUAACAAAUAAUAACAGAACACAAUGAUUUGCAAUCCUGUUCAGCCUCUAUUCAAAUUAAUACACAAAAAAGAGAUGUAAUGUAAACUUUAUGGGUUUUUUUUUUGUUUGUUGUUUUGUUGUUGCAAUUAUUCACUUAUUUUGAAUUUGAUGCCUGCAACACCUUUCAGUAGAGCUGAGAGAAUUGAGGAAUGCUCAAAACACCUUAUUGGAUCAUCUCACAAGGAACAUUAAACAUCUGGUUUUUGUUGUGUAUUAAAUUGAAUAUUGAUUGAAAAGGAUUUGUUAUCAUGGGGUUCUGUUUGUAUUUUACACAACGUCAUUGGAAUUGGGGUUAUAUUUCUAUACGAAGAAAUUAUUCAGAUCAACCUGAACAGAACCAGUAGAAGCAGAUUUGGAGCCUUGGUGGUUCCUGAAUUGUUCCUGAACAUCUUCUCCAGUUUCCUUUUUAACUUAGGGGGUCAGUUUGGGUCAGAUGGAGCAAGAAGCAGAACAGAACCAGGACCUCAUUAUGCAAUUAUUCCUCCCCCUACUGGAAGCCUGAGGUAACACCAGCAGAUAAAUUGGUUUUAAACAUAAUGAUCUGUUUAUCUCAUUAUGCCUCAGAUCAAAGAAAGUUAAUCCAUUCACAUAUAAAUAUUCCCCAUAACUAAAUUAAAAAACACAUUUUAUUAUAUUCCAGAUGGAAAGUAAUUAAACUGUGCUACAUUUAUUUAAAAAAAAGUUUAUUUUAUAAUUUAUCAGUCAAGAUGUUCUGUAUCUAUCUAUGAUUAUAAAACAUAUUAAAGUGUCUAGACCAGCAGUCUUUCGCCCCUGGCUCCGGAGUCACAUGUGGCUCUUCAGAGCCUCCACUAUGGACCUUAAUAACUUUGGCAAAAUCGCUAAACAACUGAGCAAUGUUUUAAAAAAUGGAAAGGUAAUUUAGUCUCCAUUGUUCCAAGUUUUUUUUCAUUCAAUAUAGGCAUCAAAUUUCCACAAAGAAUGAUAUUAAUACUAUAAGGAAUAUUUGUUUUUAUGAAAUUGCUCAUCAAUGGAGCUUAAAAGGGUGAUGUAACAACCGCACUGCAUUGUGGGAUACCUGGGAAUCAUGAAACGGGCUUCUGUUUACAGCCUUCAUCCUCAACGCAGUCUUUGUUUUCUGGUUUUCAAAAGUUAGAAACAUGGUGCAAACAUGCUGUGACAUUAACUGUCUCACUCGUUCAACGCAAUCGCUUUGGGAAAAGAAUGAUGGUUUAAGAUUUUUAAGUGUAUCAGCUUGGAAUCAAAGCCAAGGAGCUUAAGUCUCUGAACUAACACAUAAAUGCCGAAUGGACUCUGGAUAGCAGCCAUGAGACGACCAAACUUCACUUUUAGCACCAUAUCCAUACAUGUGUGUGUUCAGGGCAUUUUCAGACUGGUUAGUUUAAGUCAAAGCUUGUCGUGCUGUCUAACACAGAGCUUAGCAGGCUGCUAGCGCUAGGAUGACCAGACGUACCCUAACCCAGAAAUGUCCCCAAUUUCAGUAAAACAUGAUGGAGUAAGUAAGUUUAGCGCAACAAGAGGCAUUUACCCGGCAUAGCAGCAUGUGUGUUUCUCGAAGCUUGUUAAGCUGUUUCACACAGAGCUUUUAGCUGGCUGCCAGUGCUAGCCUGCUAGCGAUAGCCUAGCCCGCUAAGGGUAGCAAGCAAAGUGAAAGUAAAGGAGACCCUUUGGGAAAAUUCCCUGCUUCUUUAAUAAAUUAAGAAUAAACCGCUAAAUAUUUCCAACAUAAAUGCUGAUUAGAUGCCAGGCUUAAAAUAAUUUUAAACAAAUUUGUCUGGCAGACACCGGAAUGGAGGAGGAGCAUUGUAAGGUGAAGGUGUUUUGUUUAUGUAUUUUGUUAAAAUAAUGAGUUUUCUCCUUUUAAGAUGAAAAAUUCAGAGAUCCUGAACCCACCCAAAGCUGCUUUGUUUGUGAACAUUUCUGAAUUAUUUGCUGGUAUAAAAACUAACUUAAUUGACGAGAUAGAAAGCAAGCUCAGCUUCUGCGAACAACAGUGGACAGCGGCAGCAGGUCAUGUAAAUCCUUUAUCCAUUUAUCAUGCUCAUGUAGAUCAAUCCCACAGAUCCUGGAGAUUUUUUAAAGAUAACAAACCUUCAGAACCGGGUCGUGCUUGUCUCGGUACAGUCCAUCACCUUUCUCUUUAGUACGGUUAAUUUUUUAAGCACUUUGCAUCUCUAUUUCUCACAGCGCGGCAUCCGAAUCAGCAAUGUAAACAAAAGACAAUGCCCCAGAAGAUGGCAACCACAUCCCACAAUGCAUUGCAUAAUCACGUGCCAUUUCAAGCCCCAUCAGUUGCAAACUACAUGUUUUUUUGACAUAAUUUUCUAUAAAAGUUCCAGUGAAGAAAAUGUAAUUAACCAAAAAAACUAAAAUAGAAUUGUCCUUUUGAUUUAAAAAAGUAAACAAGUAGCAUUCUAUUGCAGGGGUUAUAAAAACAAACAAUUUUGUUUCCAAGAGACAUGUUGAUUUGGUGGCUAAUUUUGUUGAGCUGGAUUAAAGGCAAAAACAGCUCUUAAGGAUGUAAAGGUUCCUGACUCCUGGUCUAGACGACCUCUUUUAACCUGAAUUGCUGGAUUAAAGCUUCUCUUUGAAUCUUUCAUUCCAAGUCUCUCAGUACAUGUUCAACCAUUUUUUGAAGGCAGGAGCUGAAGCUGGUGAGUUGCUGAAGUAGGGAAGGUUGUGAUUUUUAUUUAAAUGUCACAGAGUUAGGCUUCAGUUUCACUUGAGCAGAGGCAUAGAGAGAAAACCGAAGCCCUGAUUGGCUGGCUGUGAUUUCCUUAAAUUCAUAGAUGAUAGAAAACUUGCGUGACAUGCGUCACGCUUCCUUUAUUUAUAAGCAGUUUAUUUAUUGUAAACAUGCAGCAAUCUUUGACUGAACUAUUUUCUGGACAAAAUAAAAGAAUAUCCUUUUGUAUUUCAGUCUAAUUAUGAAGCCAGUUUCUUACAUCAUUAGUGUCAGCGUCAAAGUCAGGCUUUGACUAGGACAGUCAGGGCUGGCUGGGGCCAGGUCCCCUUAGAUUCGACUCUUUGGUCUGUCCAUGUUCAUAACAAUGUAACUGUUGUUUUAGGUUCUGGUACAAGUUCUUGAGAGUGGGUCCUGUUCUCCUUAUUACAGUUAGUGUAAAACAACGUUAGCUUGUUUGUAGCAUUUAGUUGUAAAUAUAUUUUAUUUCAUAACGUUUUCAGAUGAGAGUCUUGUGUCUCUGAGCUGAUGGGCUCAUUUCCACAGCUGGUUUGUUAUCUCACAUUACUCAGGGUUUAUUAGGCCACUCAGUGAUGCAGAAAAAAACAAGUUUCUACAGUAUUUACAUUUAUAUGUUAAACGGUUGAAUAUUUCAAUGUUGCAUAUAUUUCGGUAAACCCUGAGCUGAAGUCAGUUGUUAAAACACAUUAGGUUCUACUUUUCUCAACUUUUUUUGUGUUUUACUGCAGUUUGCAGAAAGUUUACAGGUUCUUUUAUCCAGUUUAACUCUGAAGUUCGCGUCCACUCGUCAUCAGCAGGAACAUAAAAUUGAUUUUGGGUUUUUAGUCAUUUGUUCAAUCUGAUAUUCCAAAAAAAAUUGGGUUAAUUUAUUCAUAGUAAUUUGAUGAUUUAAUUUAUAGCUGAUCUUCUCUAAUCAAUGCAGGGUCAGAAUUAUGCAUACACUGACAUUUGGUUAAAUGUCCAUUAGCAGGUUGACUGGACCACGGUCCAUCUGGCGUCAUUCUGGGUGGGUGUUCUUGGGAGAGUUGAAGUGAAUGGUCCAUUCCAGAAUCUUAGGUUCUGUUUGGGAUCUUUUGUUCCAAUGGACCAUCUAACAUCUCAAUCAUCUGAGAUGAAGCUGAAGAAUUUAUAGGUUGUCCUCCUUCAUGCAUUCGUCUUUAAUUAGUGCAACAGUACCAGAGAUGAUGCUACCACCACCAUGCUUUACAGUUUGGACAGAUUUGACUGACUGCUGUAUGGGCACAUUCCUCCUCACCUGGAGGAAUGUGUCCAUACAGACGGUAGGCUUUUCUCCAGAAGCCCUUUUGCUUGUUCUUGCUGACAGCUUAAAGAUGGUUGAUGUCAAAGUGCCUUCACUGUGGACAGAGACAUUGAUGUUGCUGCAGUUCCCAGUUCAGUGCAGGUCUGGAGCCUCGGUUCUCCAUAUUCAGUAUUUUGCUUUCAGGUGAUGUAAAAACAUCCUUAAAAUCUCACCAUUAAUAUAACCUUCAUGGCCAAGAUGGCCGGAUUUAAACUUCAGGCGGGAACUGUAGUUACAGUUUAACGUUAAUGAAUUUCUAACUCUCCUACUCUGAAAUCAGCUGAACUGACCCCUUUUCUCAACUUCUUCCUUUUGUAUUUCAUCUUAAUUUUUUCACUCUGUGGUAUCUGGGUCCAUCCUCUCUACACCUCGUUUAAAGGAAAUAUGCUCCUGUUUUAUACCUCUUGUUCUUUCAUUGACCCGCCGUGAGAAGAAAGCAAAGCUUUACUGGUUUGCAAACCAUCGUCUCUGACUGUAAAAGAAAUUGUUGUUAAAGACAAAUAUGAAGUUCAAUUGUUACAUUUCUCCUGGUUUAUGAGAACAAAACAGCCUUGAUGUGUUUUAUUGUUUGUUUAAGCACUUAUUUUCAUGUGAAAAAUUGUUAAGGGUAACAAAAUCAUAAGCUUAUACUGUUAUAUAUUUGACUGUAAGACAAAUUAAACUAUAUUUUCUACAUCCAUACA